ACGCUUCAUAAGUGGAGCGCUGCCACGGGGGGGCUCAGCAGUGUUUCUCGCACCGAGACAGAACGGACGGAGCGGACACGAUGGCGCUGGCCGAGGUGUCCAAACGCGACGACUCCCACUUCCCGGACAUCGUCGAGCUUAACGUCGGGGGUCAAGUGUACGUCACCAGGCUCCAAACUCUCAUCGCCGUGCCGGACUCGCUCCUGUGGAACAUGUUUAAUCGCAGGACCCCCAAGGAGCUGGCGAGGGACACCAAGGGCCGCUUCUUCCUGGACCGAGACGGCUUCUUGUUCCGCUACGUCCUCGACUACCUCCGCGACCUCAACUUGGUGCUGCCGGACUACUUCCCGGAGCGGAGUCGGCUGCGGAGAGAGGCGGACUUCUUCCAGCUGCGGGAGCUGGCCAAGCGGCUCAACCCGCAUGUGAGCGAGGACAACUCCGUCGGCGAGGAGGUCAGCCAAAGCGAGGCCGAGGACGGCGCGCUCCAGGGCGGACCGCCGUGCGCCGCGGAGGUGGCUUUACGCGCGGGCGCGGCGGCCGUGCGCUCGCCGUCUCUGGACUCCAGGAAGUCGGGGUACAUCACCAUAGGCUACCGGGGCUCCUACACCAUCGGCCGGGACAUCCAGACCGACGCCAAAUUCCGGCGGGUGGCGCGCAUCACCGUGUGCGGGAAGACCUCCCUGGCCAAGGAGGUGUUCGGGGACACGCUGAACGAGAGCAGGGACCCGGACCGUCCGCCGGAGAGAUACACGUCCCGCUACUACCUCAAGUACAACUUCCUGGAGCAGGCCUUCGACAAGCUCACCGAGGUGGGCUUCCACAUGGUGGCCUGCAGCUCCACGGGCACCUGCGCGUACACCAGCAACGACCCCGGCGAGGACAAAAUAUGGACGAGUUACACCGAAUAUGUCUUCUGUCGAGAACAGUAGUCUAGGAGACUUUGGGGUGUACAUAAGACCCUUUGUAACCUAGAAUGUUGCAGUAUGUUCCCUACAGUGAUUAUUACAGUGACCUCCACUAAUAGAUUCAAAUGCGUGGUCAUAGACCACUGUAAUGUUUUUAACUUUUCUAACUGACGUUCUAUCUCAAAACGAUCAUCCGAUAACAGCCACAAAUAACUGUAGAUACAAUUUCUUAUUGCUUUUGCUAAUGGACCCUUUUAAAGAAUGGAAACAGAGGCGUGGGUAGGGCUAUAAUUGUGUGUAUAUAUAUAUAUAUAUAUAUAUAUAUAUAUAUAUGCAUAUUCAUUCCACCAGAGGAGUUUGAGGGCUCUGCGCAGUGUCUUGGCUGUUCUUCGGACUGCGCUCUUCUGGACUGAGGCUUCAGAUGUUGUCCCUGGGAUCUGUUGGAGCCACUUUCCCAUUUUGGGGGUUGCUGCCCCAAGCGCCCCCACUACCACGGGGACCACGCUAGCCUUGACCUUCCACAUCCGUUCCAGCGGCUCUUUCAACCCUUGGUACUUGUCAAGUAUAUAUAUAUAUAUAUAUAUAUAUAUAUAUAUAUACACACACAUAUAUAUAUAUAUACAUAUAUACAGUAUAUAUAUACACACACACAUAUAUAUAUAUAUACAUACAUACACACAAAUAUAUACAUACAUAUAUAUAAUAUAUGCAUACACAUAUAUAUAAUAUAUAUAUAUAAAUACAUAUGUCUUGAUUGGAUUAUCCAGAGAAUAGUGCUCGAUACCGUUGUAGAGCGCAAUAUGUAGGUGUGGGAAAAAUCACAAGACUACUUCAUCUCUACAGAACUGGUUCCAGAUCUUUCUCCUGAUGAUUGACAUCAGGAGAAAAAUAUCCUGAUGAUUGAGGGAACCCCUCAUGAAACAGUUCUGUAGAGAUGAAGUAGUCUUGUGAUUUUUUCCCACACCUACAUAUAUAAAUAUAUAUAUAUAUAUAUAUAUAUAUAUAUAUAUAUAUAUAUAUA